UGGCGCUUCACAUUACGUUUGUGAUGAAGACGAUUAGGAAGUUAAACGCGCAAAGAAGUCGAGAUAUGCACGAUUUACAGCUUUAGUUGGCGCAUAUUGUUUAUUGAAAGCAAAUAUCUUGGGAAUCUGUAGUGCUGUUGGAAGAAAUAUAAAUCAAAGAAGAUGAACAGAAACGCAGAAAUGUCGGAAUCUACACAAGUUAGUUCCCUCCCCUUGCCUCCAAAUCAGUAUUACAGUUGCUACACAGAUGAAAACAUUCAAAAAGGAAGGGCACCUUCUCCUCCUAAACCUGUCCAGGAUAUGUAUUCUAUGUUUGGUGUUCAGUUUCAUGCUGAUGAUGUGAUUAUCAGACCGUUAGAAAGUCAAGGGAUCAGAAGACUCUAUCCACAGAACUACGAUCACAAACGCGAAUUGAAAAAACUAAAUCAUUCCAUAUUAGUCAAUUUUCUGGAUAUGUUGGACAUUCUUAUCCGGUGCCCCGACACUUCGAAGCGCGAAGAGAAGAGGGACGACAUCAGUCUCUUGUUCAUCCACAUUCAUCAUCUCAUAAACGAAUUCAGACCCCAUCAGGCGCGUGAAACGUUGAGAGUCAUGUUAGAGGUGCAGAAGAGACAGAGACUUGAAACCACCGAAAGAUUUCAAAAACAUUUAGAAAAAGUGACCGAGAUCUUACAGAAUACUCUGGCAAACUUGCCAGAUUCAUCGGAUGUGGACUGUAAUUUGUUGAUGCCUCCGGAAAUGAUGGAUGUGUCCGAUAUUAAAGAGCAUCAGGAAGAAGAGGAUUGCCACGGUUUGGAUAGAUUGAUGUGCGAUAUUGUUGAUGCUUUGUAAUUAAAUGCUCGUUAAGCUUAAUUUGUAAUAGAAAAGGAUAUUAAAAUCUCAUUUUUUUUUUUUUA